AUGUGCUUCGGUGCUCUCUUGUUGUUUAUGGUAGCCAGUAAUCUAUUCUUGUCAGAUAUCGCCUUUGCUGAUUGGACUUUGGCCUGCUACAACGAGCAGUUGAAACUUAUCUGUGAAAACGGUGCAAAAAUUAUUGUACAUGAGGCGCACUUUGGAUACCUUCAACGGGAUAGCGGUGGAUUACUUAUUAAUAAUUCUUGUGAAAGUGAUUACAUGGUUGAAUGCUGGAUGGAUGUUACUGCCCCCGUAUCAAGGCUCUGCUCUGGACUCGAGAGUUGUAGCUCAUAUGUACACUAUUCCGUUGAUCUCUCUCAUGAGUCGUUCUCAAAAAAGUGCGCUGCAGGAGGAGAAUUAUCUUCUAAACCUUCUCUUCUCGUUGAGUCUGAUUGUAUAUCUUCGACCCUAUUCACCCAAAUCUCGAGCUCAAGUCGUGUCGAUCUUGAGCAGGUUGGCGGUUAUUUGACUACUAUGGACUACACUGAAACCCGUCACGCAGGAGCCGAAUGGCGCAGUCACUUAGCCGAAGCUGUUUGUCAACCUGGGAUGGAACAGUUGCCUUACCGGUUUUAUUUACCCGCCCCUAGUACACAGAUUCGUCCUACAUAUGGCCAGGAGGACUCGGUGGCCUUCGUGGUUCGAAUCAAGGAUAUUGCUUUAACCUAUCCUUCUCCCACUUCAGAUCCCAUAGGUUCAACUCGAAAUCGCCGUAUGCGCUUGGCUGACGAUCUGGAAUGUGUUGGACCAGGUCGGCCUUGUCAACAAGACUAUCUUGAGAUAUCAAUCAAAUUGCCAUCUUCGAGCUUACCACCCGGCUCCAUGAACUUACUUCCUGUGACUCGAAUCUGUUUAGUGGACGCAACCAAUCAGACGGAAGCUCAGUCCGUAAAGCAGGAGGCGCAGAUCACGGGCCGUACGUUCGGACCACUCACGAGUGCCGUGGGACUACAGUUUAAAUCAAAUCUAAACCUACUCAACCCACAUGUGAUAGCCGGAAAGGGAAUUCUCAUCGAGUACAUCGCUUUGUUCUGCACACCUAUAAAUCCCCCGUCUGGCUACGGUGAGGUGAAUUACCGAUUCCGACCGCUUCCUCAUCCAGCGCAAACAAUCGCGUAUGCGGAAAUCUUGUGCCCCGCAAACCGCUGGCUGGAACCCCAAAGAACGAUGACCACAGAUGAUUCAAGACCCUGGUGGCUUGAACGUCAGCGACAUACAGUGCGCUUUUGCGAUCACCUUUCUCGCACUUGGUCCCCAGACGGGAUUCCAGAAGCAUGUCUGACAGAAACCGAGUUGGAUGCUUUUGUUGCGAAGAUUCAGUCCGGAUUCCCGUCUACUUCUGUUGAUGAAUUGGUGCUGCCUCCGCCUCAUCCUGAGGAUGACUCUGCAUCAGAUAGACAGUUGUCGCCUUUAUCGGAGAGCCAGACGCGGUUGGAUCCACCCGGUAUAAACAAGACUGCUCAUUCAGAUAAUCACGGGACUCCGUCUCAAGUUUUGCCGCCUAUUGUUCCAGCAGAACAUGAAUCAACACACCAAGAGCAAGGUUUACCGUCUGGCACUUCAAUCGCCGUCGGUGCAGUGCUUGGGUUCUUCAUCUGUCUACUGGCAGUUGUCUUGAUUGUCUACAGCCUACGAUAUCGAUUGAUAGCCCAAUACCAGAAGACAACAUCUUAUCCCUCGGUUCCCGAGAGAUUGACCCGAUCAUCGAGUUCCUUCAAUCCAUCUAUACGUGGCUAUCAUCCGAUGUACAGUUCUAUGGACUGGCGUCGAAAGUUGAACAAAAGCAAAUGGGAUCUGUUUAAGCCUUGGCGCGUACCUGUAUGGAGUCAGAAUUUGAGCGGUACCUAUCCGGAUUUGCCUCGCCAGACCCUCGUUCAAGGUUCUUUCAGUGGUUUCUGCCAUACUCCUGAAACCAUGGUUUUGGACAGAUCUCACAUGAUGUGGAGAACGCAGAUGCAUCGAAGUGGUGCCUCAUCUUAUAGCCUAGUUCCCGGUGGCACCAGUCCAGCUGGCGGGUUAGACAACGGAGGACUUGCGAACUCUUCACCUUGGUUGCGCACCAAUUCUACUACAAGACUUGUGAUGAGACCACAAUAUUUCGCAUCCUUCAGCGAACUUACCAGUCCUGUGGAUGGUCACCAGCAGCUGCCUCGUUCAUCGUGGCUACCAUGGCGAAGGAGCUUUCGCAAACAACGUCGUCUUUACACCCAGCUUCAGCGACGUAAGGAAGCGCUGUAUCAGUCUCAGCGUCGCUUGAUGGAAUCUAACGGGAUGUCGCAUAGUUCAACAAUGCAAUUCGCCCCGACAAUCUCCUCUGCUCCCGGUCUAUCAUUACCAACUAUAACACCACACUUACCUUCUCUAAUCACUACUGGAGGCUAUCUUCCUUCACCGACUCGUCCUCUUAGCCAUGAUACAAGUCACAGCUACAAGACGCUGACAACCAGCGAGGGCGCUAGUCCCUCAGGGAUGGUGUUCGAAACUGGUGGGGCCACCAUGUAUCCUGUGGUCAAUGGUCAGCUGCACUACCCCGGUGAUAAAGUCGAGCUCUCGACGAGAUGUCCUCUAUAUAACCCGACUGGUAAUGGGUUUCAGUACGUGGAUAAAAAGCCUAUUGCCGAAGACGGAACAAGUGAACCAUUACCGUGGAAGACCGAAUCUCAGGGUAGCAGCCUGAGUCAGAGCUUCAAACGUCUCUCAUCUUUCCUGCGCAAUCGAAACAGUCCACUCACACCACCCAGAUCUGUGAGGCAGCCACAACAGUUGCACCCCCAGUCAAUGUCCACAUUGAAUACAGCACAUUACUCUCCCACCGAUGCGAACCAAUCGGGGAGAUCUAUCGGGCAACUGCCCGAGUUCCAAACAGUGGCCGCAUCACCACGAACCAGAUCAGAAUCUGGCAGUGUGCGAUUCAGCGGGAGCAGCCUCAUACGCAGUCUGUUUAAUAUCCCUACACCAAAAAUUAGUGACCCGACAGCGAGCACCUAUCAUCUGGAUACUGACAACACAAGCAUUCUUAAUGACCCGGUGUCCAGUUCCAUGACAACUAGAGGUAGCCGAGUUGGGAGUGUGGCUGCCGCGUCACCCAUUUGGGGGCCGGAUUAUUGGAGCCAGUACCCUGAGUUCUCUCAAGUCACCGCCUCCACAGUUUCGACCAUCCGACCGCAUUCGCCACCUGUCCCACUUCCCCCAACUUCCAUCAAUCUGCUUCGACCAAAUUGGACCAGUGUACCACCACACCAAGGCAACGUGGAUUUCCCCCAACUAAUGGAUCCGAGACUUCAAAUCCCACAUUCCAACGAUCCAUAUCUAAUCCCAGCUUCAGAGAAACGCCUACGAGGAGCAGCAUUGAGAUGUGAAGAGCCUAAAGGACAAAAUAACGCAAGUGGUGGUCAACACGAGCCGAACAUGCCCAGCGGCACGAGCUCUGCAGUUAGCUCCCUUGUUUUCGCCGAUUCAGCAGAAGAUGAGCUGGAAGUUUCAGAAGCAACCACCAAUCCGCGACCCCACCGGAUAUCAGGUGUACAAGUCACUGCGGUGCCUAGUCCUGGACAAACGGACGAGCACCAUGAACGUAAACCGGUCCCAGCCAAUCGUGAGUGGACGAAAGAUAUGAUGGACUAUGUGACGUACGAUGAAACACGUUCCUUCAGCGGAAAUCUAGCAGAAGACGAUGCAGCUCAAAGGACUUUGAUGGAGAUUGAAGGUCCACUGAUUGCAACUCAAGUUGGCGAACUUCCGGAUGCUAUCGGCCCAUGUUCAGAAGGAAAAAUGGACCAACUAAAGCGCAAGCGCAGCAGAAAGAAGGACCAAAUCGACUCGAGACCUCUUUCAGAGGCGAUGAUCAGCAAUCACUAUUACGUCGGGAAUGAAGUCAGUGCCAACUACCCGGAGCCAUCGGAACCGGCUCCAGUUCUGCGACCUGCGUUUUCGCAUGCUGGUGCUCCAACCAGUAUGUCACCCAAGCCACACCCACCCCUGCCUCCGUUGUGGAGAAGACCAUCAACGGCAUCAUCCCCUACCAAAGCCACACGCCCAUUCAGCUCCAUUGGCAGGGAUGAAUACGGUUCUAUCGAUUCGCUGUACGAAACAGUGGAUCAAGUGAAAGUGAAUGGUACUCAGACUGACAUCAAGCUUUCAACGAGGACUGCCAUCUGCUCAUCUCGCAUUCUGACUCCAAUCACCCAAGAGACGCAACUUGAACGGCAGAAAUUAGCGCUCCCCCCGACGCCAGACUCAUCGGAGUCUUUGCGUGCUCCAGUUGCAUCGAGUGACGAGGAAACCGAGGACGACCUACUGAACAAAUGAGUGUUUCUGGAUUCGCUGAGUUCCUAAGUCUUCCAACAUUCCCGCUGCGCCAUAAAUCUAAUUCAUUCCACGAAUAAAAAUGAACACAGUCCAUGGUGCGCUAUGAUGUCCAAACUCUAAAGGCUUGGCCAACGCAAUCCCCGCAAUUGCCAACAGCCGGUCCAAUUUGAACAAACUCGAGAAAUUCGCGCAUUAGGUGUCGUCAAACUCUACGGACCGUGCCGCGGCACAUUAUGGGAUAUUUUGUCUUCCACAUAACUUCCGCUGAAUACGGCGCCAUAAGUAGUUGGAUCCAAGCCCUACCCAAUGAGCCCAACGUGGCCCCUCUCUAGGAUCCAAUCAACGAGCUUGUGCAUUGGGUUUUUUAUUAUGCUUUUCUUUUGUAAACGGAUCACUCUCACCCACUCCAUCAUGAUGAUAUCAACAACAGAUAAGAUUGAUUCGUCGCCCCGCGCUAUGAAUUAUCAUGCGUUUUGUGCUUCUAACCAUUAUAAUUAUGCGUUUCACAGCAUGU